AUUAAUAGUGUUUUCACUGCUACUACUGCAAUCCUUCGUUUCACACUCCCUAAGCCUACCUAAACUCACAACCAACUUCCUGAUCAACCUUGCAAGUUCCGGUACAAAUAAUGAUCAUCUUAUCCAACAGGAAAUCAAAACCAGAACAGCCAAACUGAUGACAUUUUCAGGCUUAACUGCCGAAAUUGAAAGUGUUGAUGGAGGCUAUCUUGUUAAACUUGCCAUUGGCACUCCAGCUGUCCCCUUUUUAGCCUCCCCUACCACGGUCACCAAUCUCAUUUGGACUCAAUGCGAGCCAUGUGAACAUUGUUUUAAUCAAACAACACCAAUUUACAGCAGUUCGAAUUCGUCUUCCUUUUUGAAACUCCCCUGUGCUCACAAUCUUUGCAAAGCUUCUUAUAUACAUAGUUGCAAUCCAGAUUGCAGAUACAAGCAAAGAUACAUUGGUGGCUCCUCUGAAGGUGUCAUGGGCGUUGUUGGCCUCGGCAGAGGACCUCAAUCUUUGGUUUAUCAACUUGGCAUUCGCAAAUUCUCAUAUUGCCUUCCUCAUUAUGAUGAUGAGUCUAAUGGACGGCUCCUACUUGGUUAUGAAGAUGAACACCAAAAUUCAAUCCAAUCAACUCCACUUGUUCUUAAUCCUUCUAAUUCUUCCUUUUAUUAUCUUACUUUGCAUGGAAUAACUGUUGGUUCCACUAGGCUUUUGACUCCCGAGGGAAUGUUUAAGGUAAGAAAAGAUGGAGGUGGAGGAGUGAUCAUAAAUACUGGCUCAAUGUUUACAGCAUUAGAACAACCUGCAUUUGGACUGUUAAAGGAUGAGUUUAAGUCACAGCUUAAGCUUCCAUUUUCUGAUCAAUCAUCUCUUGGAUAUGAUGCUUGUUUCUCUUUUGAACCAAAAUCAAAUGUGGAGGUGCCUAAGUUGAUAUACCAUUUUGAUGGUGCUGAUUUGGAGCUCCCUGUGAAGAACUACAUGGCUGUUGAUUCUCAAAAUGGGUUGUUGUGUUUGGUGAUCUUGGAAGCCACUGGAGGAUUAACAAUAUUUGGGGGCAUCCAUCAGAGCAACAUCAACAUGAUGCUUGACCUUGAAAGAGAGGUAUUAUCAUUUGUUCCAGCUCAGUGCAAACAACUCUGAAUUUUUUCUUUUCAGUCAGCUUGUGUGAUCUCAAGCUAUUUAUCUUUUUCUGACCUUUUGCUUUUCUAAUAAAUGAUGUCGGAAGCAAAACGUUGUUCCGAGAUCAAUAUAUUGGC